UUGAAACAAUAAAAAAUGUCUAGAAAGCGUGCUAGAGAAGAAACUAUGUUGAAUUCUACAUCAUAUUUAAAUAUUCAAAAUGGAGAUGCAUCUUGCUCCAGAGAAGAUUCUCCUGUUUAUCCUCUAGUGACAAUGACUUGGGGGACCAACAGGAAUCCAAAUAAUGAAUCAGGUCAAAUUUCGCUCAAAAAGUAUAAUAGCGAAAUUUCUGUUUACCACAAAGAACUUCCAUCAAUUUGUAAGGAAGCUCCCUUUAGUGAUGAUCCAGAAGCACUUGCUGAAAGGAAUGCAUGUGAUUAUAAUGUUCGUAUUACAUUAAAAAUGGCAAAAAGUGGCAAAGCUCCAAGGAGAAUCAGAGUAUAUGCAGAUGGUAUUUAUGAUCUAUUUCAUCAGGGGCAUGCACGUCAACUUUUGCAAGCAAAAAAUAUUUUUCCUAAUGUGUAUCUUAUUGUGGGAGUUUGUAAUGAUGAAUUAACACAUAGUAAAAAAGGAAGAACAGUUAUGACAGAUAUUGAAAGAUAUGACGCAGUGAGGCAUUGUCGCUAUGUAGAUGAAGUGGUAAGAGAUGCUCCUUGGGAAUUAAAUGAUGAAUUUCUUACAAAACAUAAGAUUGAUUUUGUUGCUCAUGAUGAUAUACCCUACAUGACAGAUGAUAGUACAGAUGUGUAUGCAGCUCUGAAAGCUAAGGGUAUGUUUGUAGCUACACAAAGAACAGAAGGGGUAUCAACAUCAGAUAUUGUAGCAAGAAUUGUUAAAGACUAUGAUAUUUAUGUAAGGAGAAAUCUUGCGCGAGGCUACAGUGCCAAAGAACUUAAUGUUUCUUUUCUUAGUGAAAAGAAAUUCCGCUUACAAAAUAAAUUUGAUGAUUUAAAAGAUAAAGGUAAAAGAGUCAUGGAGAACAUUGGUGAAAAACGUAUGGAUAUGAUUAGCAAAUGGGAAGAAAAAUCCCGAGAUUUUAUCGACGCUUUUCUAUUACUGUUUGGCAGAGAAGGCAGAUUGUCAACAAUUUGGAAUGAAAGUAAAGGUCGUUUGAUGCAAGCACUAUCUCCUCCAGCAAGUCCAAAAAGAGAUGGCAGUCCAAAUGGCAGUAAUAGCAGCAAUAAUGAUGAAGAUCAGACAAGCCCACCACCAAAAAAGACUGGCCGCUUUGAAAGUUCGCAGAGUAAUUAUUAUUUAAGCGAUGACUAUAGCGACGAUGAAGAGGAAAAUUUUCACUCCAAAUGAUAACCCGUUUUUUCAAAAUAGCAUUCUUCAUUUCGACCAAA